CACGGGGACAGUGGAGCGCUGACAGCAGGCCUGGUCGCCCACCUGCCCCACCCUGUCGCCGGGGGCGGGGAAGAAGCACACAGCUUUAAAAACGCAUUUUGGGAUAUGGAAGACCAGUAUAUCCAACUGGGCACAGAUGGAAAAAUAUCCCUAUCCCAGCUUCACAAUGAAACCAGUUUUUGUGCUUGACACCUGCAGCAGCUGAUAGGUAUCUUGGAGAUUGUGAAUGGUGUCAGAAAACACACUCGAGAUGUUGGAAUGACUUUCCCAACUCCAAGUUCUAGCGAGGCUACAGUAGAAGAGGACAGUGAUGUGACUUCUUGGUCAGAAGAAAAGAUAGAAGAGAAAAGGCUCCUUACCAGUUAUCCUGGGGAGAGAAAGUUAAGGAAGAAUAAGCAGAGCUGCUGGGAAGGAGUUUCAUGGUUUGUUCCUGUGGAAAAUGUGAAUUCUGGUCCUAAGAAGGAAAACCUGCCCAAGUUUCAUGACGCUUGUGUCUCCUGGUUUGUACCAGUAACCAACACCACACCUUGGAGGGAGCCACUACAGGAAAAGAACUGGCAAGGACAGCACAUGGACAGCCACAGUUCACUAGCAGGCCCAGGCAGAGAUCCACUGAAGCCAUUUGUGAGAGCAACCCUACAGGAAUCACUGCAACUUCACAGACCUGACUUCAUCUCCCGCUCUGGGGAACGGAUAAAGCGCCUGAAGUUAAUAGUCCAGGAGAGGAAGCUGCAGAACAUGUUACAGAGUGAACGGGAGGCACUGUUCAACACUGUGCAAGAAUGGCAGGGCCACCGGGACGCCAUGCACCUGCUCCCUAAGAGAGACUUCCUGGCUGCCCAAAAGAAAAGGCCUGUUGGAAAGAAGGAAAUGAUUCAGCGGUCUAAAUGGAUUUAUGAACAGCUUCCAGAAGUACAGAACAAGAGAGAAGAGGAAAAGUGGAGAUUGGAAUAUAAGCCAUACUGGCUGCAAGCCCAGCUAUAUAAAAAGAAAGUGACCAAUCAAUUCUUGGGGAGAAAAGUUCCUUGGAACUGACAUAAGUAUUUUCCUCAGAGCCUUGGUAUUAUAUUUUAUCAGCCUGGAGGAGCACAAUCCUUACUUUUAUGAGUC